AUGAGUUUUUUGAAGAUGACGACUUUGAUAGUGAUGCUGAUAUUUUACCUGUACCACCUGAUUUUAGUUACUUAAAGCAUAAUAUACCAUUUCAUCAAGGUUUUAUUCGAUUACCACCAGCAUUUCCUGAUAACAAUAUUAGUCUAUAUGGAUUGAUUAGGUUAUUUUUUUCACAAACAAUUCUAAAUACAAUUCUAACAAAUACUAAUGAGUAUGCACAAUCAAAAUAUGCUGAUGGAACUCUUGCUCAUCGACAGUUUAGAUUGCAACUAGCAUGGGAUUUUAUUAAUGACACAUUAAAUAAUAGACAGAAAGUAGUUAAUAAGCAACAUUUAAAUAAAAAUUCAGCAUCUAUUGUAAGUAAAUAUUAUAAACUUCCAACUAUUCGUCUAUCUGGUACAAAUCACUAUCCUGAAUGGAGAAAAAGUCGGGUAGCAUGUGUUUGGUGUCGAUGGAAUGCAAAACAAAAUGAUAAAGAUAUAAAUGAAAAAAAUCCACCACAAAGUCAAAUUUGGUGCAACAAAUGCAAUGUUGCACUUUGUUGCAAUAUAUCUCGUCCUUCAUGUUUCGAAAAAUACCACACAUAUAUUGAAAACAAUAACAAUAUAUAUAUUA